AACGUCGAUUAUCCCAUGCAACUGCAGGCUACUACUCGAACAACAACAAUUUACUGCGCCUUUCAACAAGCAACACCUUAUUGACUGAUUGCCAGAAUUAAUUUCAAUUUUUUUUCAUUUUCUUUUUUAUUUUAAGAUCGAUGAUUAUCACAGGUGACGCAGACCUUUUCUUAUAAUGUAUUUUUACCGGCGAACUGCGCACUCGGCUAGUUUUUAAAUUGCUUUCAAAAUAUUUGAUCGUGUAACAAAGCCGAAGGUUCGAGCGUACACGUGAACGAGGAAACUGUGGGUUACAAGCGAUAACACCUGCGCUAUCACGCACUGUGUUCAUGGGCUAUCAGCAACACCGUUCAGAAACCGUCCAUAAACAUUACAAUUGUUACACGUAUGUGUAUACGUAGUUAAACUUAACAAUUUCCAGCUAAACGAAACAUUCCCGAGGAGUUUAAUGAAAUUGAAUUUUAACAGCAGAUAGAAUAACCCAUUACGUGGCUGGAAUAGUUUAACAAGUCCAAGUUCACCGCGCACCUAUUGUGUGACAUAAUAAAGCGUGCCGCUUUGUCUUAAAAACGACACCUUUCGAAGUACCGACGUUUCUUAUUAAAAGGAAUUUUGACUCUCUAAAAGGCAUGCACGACCAUUAAAUUACCAUGAAAAUGUUACGUCAUUAGGUGUCCAAGAUGCUAUCUUUUCUCACGCACGCUAAUGGCCAACAGUUCCUUCUUGUUCCACCGUGACUUUCACGGUAAAAGAAUCCCUGGUAUUAGCGUUGCGAGACCAAGUAUACCAGGCUCAGUUUCACUAUUUUUGAAUGAAUUCUAUCGAUCUCCUGACAGAUUGUGCAACCAUCUUGCGUAAAUUUCACGAGGAUAUUUCAAUGAGUUGAGUAACCCUUUGGUUAAGAAAAUAUAACGCGAGGAGAGGGUUGAUCGAGUGCAUCGCCGACUCUCCGGACGGAUCUUGGUGUCUAUAAGGAAGCAUUGUGCAAGGAUGACUGAAGUUCCUAUUACACUAAUUUGUUCUCAGUCAGCUUAGAAAUGACACAGGUGCAACGAUCGGCUCGUUACUUGGCAGUGAAAAUAACACUGAUUGCCAGUGAAGUUUCACUUUUGAUGCUCGAUCGAGCGGACGUGUAAUUUUCCUCGUUUUCCGGGACGGUCUUCCAGCUGUCAUAAUCAUUCUACGAUCGUUCACCUCUAAAAAAUCAUUGCUAUUCAAGGUCUUCUCGAGCAACGAAAUUCUAUGAACUUUGUUACUUCCCGAACGAAUUUCGCAAGGUAUCUCUUCAUCCGGAGGAAAAAUUCCAAGGAAGAGAAGGCGGAAGCGGAGGUAAACCGAAACUGGCUUGCGAUUAAGAAUGAGGAGAAGGAGAAGUCGAAGAGGAAAUGAAGAGAGAGUUCAUCCCCGAUCGAGUGGCGGUCAUUCGGACUCGGUGACCUCGAUCCCCGAUCCGUCGCGACGUCUCCUUUCACUUGGAGAACUUCUUUCGGCAGCUCUUUCGAGGAACACGAUUCCAUUCUAUCGCGGAACGGCCUCAGUCCGCUUGGAAUAGGCCGGCUCGACGCCGCGUUACCUGUCUCCUCAGCCAUUUAGAUUUCACUUUCAUAAAACUCGCCGGAUGAAAAUGCAACGCUUGGAAAGCUGAGGGAAGAAAAAGUAAAUCGUAGUCGAGAUCCCUUUGACGGAAAGAUGUCGAGCACGAAGGUCGUCCUAUUGAACCUGUGCAUCCUGCUGCUUCUCUACGAUCACGCGACCAGCCUGAUUAUACCGGAAGACCUGCCCACGAUUCUCUCGCUGAUCUACUCCAAUAUUCCUCCGAUUAAGAAAGGUACCGAUUCGAGGGUCGGCGUGGGCUUCCGGUUGGGAGAGCACGCGGAUUUUCAGGUGCUCGUGGAGCUGGGACCGCAAACGGAAACCGAUCCGAUUGGCAAUGCCGAGUCGAAGAGACGCAGGGAUGCGAUGUUGACUGCUGCGAUGAAAGGAGAACUCGGACCUCUGGCCCAGGCUGUUGCGAAGUACCAAAUGGAACGAAAGUUGCAGAGAGAAUUGGAGAGAUUAAAGAAGAUGGAAGAGAGUUUGAAAGAAGCGACUACUGCGGAAAACAAAGACAAGAAGAGCGCAGCCAGCGAGUGGCUGGCAAAGUGGAGCAAGGACACGGUUAAAUCGUCCGAGGAUCAAGCAUCUCUGGAGGAUAUCGAAGAAAACUUAUCGAUACCUUCGAAAAACCGGCAGGUCGUACAGAAAAUAGGACGAGCUCCUGAACCGAACCGCAAGAAAGGCACCAUCUCAGAUUUGACGAAAUUGUACAAAGUACAAAGUGAAGAGAAAACUGUGGUUCAAAUAGCUAGUGCUUAAAACUAGAAAUAAGAAAGUUACCAUCUACAGAUAUUUAAAUAUAUUGUAGAUAUGUUUAUAGUUAUUUAUAGAUCUGUACGGUGAAAGUGAUAAGACACUGAAGAAACCUAAAUUGAUUAACACUGCCACUAUGCCAAAAGACUUUACAUGUAAUUGCAGGGAAAGCGUGUCAAACCAGUGAAAGCUGUCAUUUUUCAUACAAUGAAAAACAUGAACGAAGAAAAACAUUUACAGUAUAGAAAUUAUAAUAAAGUGUCAGAAAUUGAUGAUUAAAAUAUUUCAUCUCGAAACCCUCUGUCUAAUUUGUAAUGUAACUCUUGUACUAAUAAAACUAUUUGAAUUAAAAUUCAA